AUCCAAGUAUAGAAACCAUAUGGAUUACAAUCAAGUUUGAACUCAUUCUCAAGUUGCUCCGCCUUUUUCAUCUCACGUCUCUUCACCUUGAGCUCGCCACCGACCUCGUCUUUCCUUGAUUGCACACUCAUUUCUUCAAUCGUUCACUCAUUCUUUCAAACACAAUGUUCACUAAAGCAAUUGCCGCUAUCCUCGCCUUGCCCUUCGUGGCACAAUUUGUUUCUGCGGACACCUGUACUCGCUCUUACACUGCUCAGGCUGGCGAUAUCUGUGACAGUAUCUCGGCAGCCAACAAUGUUUCCACCUACCAGCUUGCUGUCGUCAACGUCGGAAUCAUCGACGAUGCAUGCGACAACCUCGUCGUUGGCCAGAGCUACUGCCUUGGAUGGCAGGGACAGGACUGCACGACCACUUAUGUAGUCCAGCAAAACGAUGAUUGCGACAUUAUCUCCUCCGCCGCAGGCAUCAACACCACCAUCCUCUAUGAAAACAACCCGCAGAUCAAUGAUUAUUGUACCAAUAUUUACAUUGGAGAGGUAUUGUGUACAGCGAACACUGUCCAAGUCCCUCCUGCUCCCGCAGGAACCACCCCCGCUACGUCUAUUCCCCCAACCGCUACCCCUGCCAACCCCGACGGCGACCUCCCUUGGUGUGACGAGUAAAUUCCUUGACCUCCACCAUCCUGCUGCACUUGAGUGCAUGCCGCACGGAUUGCCAACUGUGAUCAACUGCGAUGACAGGCUGGUCGCGUCGUCGCUUUGGUCACCUUAUUCCCUUUUUUCCAUUUUGAACUUUAUAUCGCCUUGUUUUUCACAACCAGAGCUACCCUUGGUGGUGGUAUACCCAACAUAGUAACUUCAUCUCUGCACUUUAUUACCUUGAAUUCUUCACAUGUGGUAAUUCUGGUAAUUCCUCUUACACUCGAGGGAAUAGAUCGCGGUCUUAUAGGGCUUGCCCUAGUAAUGACCAUUUACAUUC